AUUCAGUUGCUUUCUGCUCUUUCAGGUAGGCUGGUGUGUUCGGACGUCUGUCGUGUCUUUCUCACCAAUGCCAUCCUGUAAAAUCGGACAAUUUUGUUAACUUAACCAAGUUUGCCCGUUUAAUCUAACAAUUUCCUUGAAAAUGCCAAUAACGAGCUAACUAGAAUGCACGAAGUUUCUAUGGCAACAAACUGGCGUGCGUAAACAAACCAGCAGCUCGGCCUGUCCUGUGGUUUAUAACGGCGACAGUCGUCCUUCUCGAGGAGGCAGGCACUCCCUACGGCGAGGUUGUUAAAAGCACAAAUGUGCAACGUUAGAAGAAUAAAAGAGCCGGGAAUCACGCGCGGAGGGAAACGCCCUCUCGAGUCAGCUGACCAGUUCCUUCGCAAUCCGGUUGGUCGGACAACACUUUAGUCUUGUGAGUGAAGAUCGGUGUGAAAAUCGAGGUUUGGAGUAGGAAGUUGAGUUAAGUGAAGGAAAGAACUAACGUAAAGCGUUAUGCAAAUCCCCGGCCGUUAAGUCAUGGAAGAACCGUCGGUAUCACCCUUCGAGAAAGAUCCCGCGGAGCUCAGCGUGGAAGACGUAUACGACAUAUCAUAUGUGAUCGGGAGGGACCUCUUAAAGAUCGGAUGUCGAGAGGAGGUAGCCGAUCUGCAGUUUAAGAUUGUGCGAGUGUUGGAGGUGUUGGAGUCGCUGGUAAACCAGCAGAACCUGGCGGUGGAGGAGCUGAAACUUGAAAGGGACAAUCUGAGGACCGAGGUGGAGAGGCUGGUCGGAGAAGGAGCCCGAGACGGUCAAAGCACGCAGCAGAUUGGUUCAGAUCAGCUUGUUAUUGACCUCAAGGACCCCAAUCGGCCACGCUUCACACUGCAGGAGCUGCGGGAUGUGCUGCAAGAGCGCAACCAACUGAAGGCGCAGCUGCUGCUAGCGCAAGAAGAGCUCCAGCUGUUCAAGAGUGGCCUUCACCCACAAAGUGAGAAACCAGCCCUGGAUGGAAUGUCUGAAGACAAUAAAAGGAAACUAAGUGAUGCCAAAGAUGACAAGACCACAGUACGGCGGCUGUUCUCCUUUAGCAGAAGGUGAAACUUAUUUCACUCAUGAUCUAAACGGACCAGCAUUACUUCUUCAUUGAUCUGGUGAUUGACAAGUUACGAGUGUUAGUUGCUAGUGCAGCCAUCAGAGGCUUAACAGUAUUUAUUGAAACUGAACUCUGACAUACUGAGCAAUAAAUCAGAAUGUGUAUUGCGUAUCAGCAGACAUGGGAGUUUGUGCUAAUUGCACUCUAUUAUAGUAAUUUUUCAUCUGUUUUUGUCCUAAGGGUACAGAAGGGGAAUUAAUUUUUAAAAAUAUCCAUUGAGGUGUGCAAGUAGAAUACAUAGGGGGUAAGAAUGUUAAAUUGGUGGUUAAUUAUUCAUUCUGCCAGGUGUAUCAAGCUUCUACAAUCAUGGUAUUCUAAACAAAAAGCACGCACCAGGUUCUGGGCAAUACAAGCUGAAACAAAAGCACAGCAAUUAGUCUUGACACUGAAAUCUAAAAAGGACAAGGGGGUCCAUUCAAGUCUGAACAUGCUGGUUCAACACCUUUGUCAGCUCUGACUUAAUGUAUACACACAUUCCACAGAUUUGUCCUGCUGAUGGUGUAAUUACCAUCGGUUGAUAUUGAACACCAAAGUCUAUAAGUACAUACUGUAUACAGGAAAUGAUUUUAAUGUGCAAAUACCUUUUUAAAGCCGAUUUUGAAAAGAAAAUUAACUCUGAAAGUAAUUAACUCGCCAUGUUUUUAAUUUUUCCUUUAAACUUUCCUGGAUAUGUAUAUAACUUAUUUUAGUCCCUGUUUGUAAAUACAUCAAUUUUAGGACCAAUUUUUAAAAGAAACAUGCACUUUCAAUAAAUGAGAUUUGCACUAACUUUCAGCGGGAGUAUUAAUGAAUCAAGCAAUGAUUCAAGGAAUAAAAAAGUAACCAUUGUAUGCAAACAGCUAUGUGGAAAAUCAGAUUUAGGACACGCAUCAAAGUACAAUGUUCUAUACUGUGUUACUGAAAAGUGUCCUGUUAUCAAUACAAAAUCAUGCUAGUUAACGUAGAAUCACUGACACCAGUUCAUAAUAAAAAGAUUCUUCACAACAGAUCAAGUAGGUAAACAUGUUAGGUUUGUGUUUUUCUUCAUAUCAUGCGAGAGAGACACACUUGACCAAACUUUGAUGGUUUCUAAUAGUUUUAGUAAAUCAUGUGUUGUAUGAUUCUGAAUACCCAUUGAGGCUGCCUUAAUUUUUUAAGUUUUUUUUUUUUUUUUGUUUACGAGCAGUUUUUGCUUAUUCAAAACUGUUUUCUGUUAAGUUUUCACCUAUGUGAUCUGCAAAUGAAAUAAAUGGUACCCUUUCACUACUA